ACACUGGGGGGCGCCAUGGGACGCCGCUCCAGCCACGCGCCGUUGCCAGGCAACGCCUGCCGACCCCUGCGCAUGCAGGACUACAUCUCCCGGCAUGCUCUGCGGCGGCGCUGUCCCGGCGUGCUCUGCGGUGAGGCACCCAUGGCGGAGGCGGCAGCAGCAGCACCCCGGCCGGCGCCGGACGUGGACAGCGAUGAGUGCCUCCGCGAGUACCGCCACCUCUUCAGCCCCGACAUCCUGGCGGGCCAGGUGGCGUUCAUCACCGGCGGCGGCUCGGGCAUCGGCUUCCGCAUCGCCGAGAUCUUCAUGAGGCACGGCUGCCGGACAGUCAUCGCAAGCCGGAACCUGCAACGAGUGUCAGAGGCCUCUAAAAAGCUGGUGGCAGCCACAGGCCAGCAGUGCCUCCCUCUGUCCCUAGAUGUCAGGCAGCCCCAAACCAUUGAGGCAGCGGUGGAUGAGGCACUGAAAGAAUUCAAGCGGAUUGACAUCCUCAUUAAUGGUGCUGCAGGAAACUUUCUGUGCCCAGCCAGCGCCCUGUCCUUCAAUGCCUUCAAGACUGUGAUAGAUAUUGAUACCAUUGGCACCUUCAACACCUCCAAAGUCCUCUUUGAGAAAUAUUUCCGGGACCAUGGCGGGAUCAUCGUUAACAUCACAGCAACCCUGAGCUACCGAGGGCAGGCCCUCCAGGUGCAUGCUGGUUCUGCUAAGGCUGCCAUAGAUGCCAUGACCCGUCAUCUUGCCGUGGAGUGGGGACCCAAUAACAUCCGAGUGAACAGCUUGGCGCCAGGCCCCAUUACAGGCACUGAGGGCUACCGGCGGCUGGGUGGGAAGUUUGCUGAGGAAGGAGGCCAGUUCGACAUGAUCCCCCUCCAGCGUGCAGGGAACAAGACGGAGAUCGCCCACAGCACGCUGUACCUGGCAAGCCCCCUCUCCUCCUAUGUGACGGGAACCACCUUGGUCGUGGAUGGUGGGAGCUGGCUGACCUCUGCCAACAACUUCCCCGCCUUGCUGGGUAUUGCUUCAUCCUCUGCUAAACUCUAGAUUUCUGGGCUGCAGGAGCAAACAAAAAUCAAUGAUGGACAGCCUGAGACUGACCGAUGGACAGAAACAAGAUGGAGUGCUGCUGCUCUGGGACAUCUUGGGGUGACGUCUCACAGUGUCAUAGCCGAUAGUUGCUGCCGGUAACUGGUAGUUACACUGAUUAUGCCUCCGGGAGGAAGUGCUAGGGUGCUGGGUGGGGAGCAAGGCCACCCCUGUUCUGUGCUGUUACUUUCUUCUGAGGUGACAUGGCAGAGGGUGCAGGGACAGUGUGGGGUGUGCAGGCUGUGACAUUCACUGUCCAUUUGUGUCUCCUCUGAUUUGCUCUCCUGGCCUUUCCCAAGUCCCUGGCAGUGCUGCCCAUGGUUACCUGUCCUCUUCCUCCCCUCUCCCCCAUUUCACCCUGGGAGCUGCCCAAGACCCCCAGCAGCAGCUCCUUUUUGGGAGGGGAGAGUAGUUCAGCCUGUCCUGGGCUGAGAUCAGCAUUUUGGGGGCAGCUCUGGCUUGGCAACAGGAACUGGCAGCUCUUGGGAUGGGAGGAAACAAGAACCAAGCUGGCCACUGGCAGGGGAAAUGGCCCUGGCCCCUCUGGGGGGUUCCUAAAGGGGCAGCAGUCCCCAGAGCAGAUUUAGCUGGGGUGUCCUUCUGGGAGUAGAGGUGGUGUGAGGUUGGAGCCUAUCAGAGCUGGCUCUGUACGCUAUAGUACUGUAUCUGUUGGGAGCCUGGAAUGUCCAGUUGUCUGUCUGCCCCCCAGUCUGUCAGUCUCGUGCUGUCUCCUUUCUUCAUACAGACACUACAGCUGAGGGUGAAUCAAGGGCUACUGAAAUCCAGUCCUUUCUGAGCUGACUGAUGCAGGGGCCGCACCAGCUCUGCGCUGGGCUGCCAGAGCCAAACAUGCCCCUGGUGCGAGCACCUCAGGGGCACACACACACACACACACACCCUGCUCGUGUGCUGCGGCCUCCUGCUGCUGACGGCAAUCUUUAAGCUUAUCCUGAAUUCCAUAAAGCUUGUUUUUCUACUUGAUUGUCUUUCCUACUUGAUUGUAGACUUGCCAGGUUUUGCUCCUUCCUGCAGGCCACAAAUAAAGAACAUCCACCCUGA